CUCGCGAGGGUUUCUUUUAAAAUCUCAACCGUCGCCCCCGCGCGCGCGCGCGAGAGAGAGAGAGGAAGAGUUGAAAGUUCUUCAGAUAACCGCUGCUCACCAUGAAGGGCAGUCGAGAGCGGGUGGAGGAGAUACGGAGCCGCGUGGUGCUGGGGGAAUUCGGGGUCCGCAAUGUUCACACCACCGACUUCCCUGGGAACUACCCGGGCUACGACGACACGUGGAACCAACAGCGGUUCGAGCAGAAUUUCAGAAUUGACGUGACUCAAAUGGAUGGUGACGUACUGGAGUUUGACAUGGUUGGCAUCGAUGCUUCAAUCGCCAAUUCCUUCCGCAGGAUCCUGCUAGCUGAGGUGCCGACGAUGGCGGUGGAAAAGGCUUUCAUUUACAACAACACCUCCAUCGUGCAAGACGAGAUCCUGGCCCACAGACUGGGCCUCAUCCCAAUCAAAGCAGAUCCUCGCUUGUUUGAAUACAGGAGCACAGGAGAUGAAGAAGGGACUGAAAUCGACACUCUUCAGUUUCAGCUUAAAGUGAAAUGCACAAAAAACCCCAAAGCACAGAAGGACUCCUCGGACCCGGAGGAACUGUACAUUAACCAUAAAGUCUACUCGAAGCACAUGAAGUGGGUGCCGAUUGGGAACCAAGCAGAUGUGCUGGGACAAGCCGACAUCCGACCUGUACAUGAUGAUAUUCUAAUUGCUCUGCUUCGACCUGGACAAGAAAUUGAUGUGGUCAUGCACUGCGUCAAAGGCAUUGGUAAAGACCAUGCCAAGUUCUCGCCAGUCGCCACUGCGAGUUAUCGGCUGCUCCCUGAUAUCACCCUGCUGCAGCCCGUAGUGGGUGACCUAGCUGAGAGGCUGAAGAGCUGCUUCUCCCCCGGUGUCAUCGAAGUCAAUGAUGUGAAUGGGAGAAAAGAAGCUACAGUAGUGAACUCACGACUGGACACCUGCAGUCGUGAGAUCUUCCGCCACGAUGACCUCAAGACAUUGGUCCGCCUCGCCAGAGUUCGUGAUCAUUACAUCUUUUCAGUGGAAUCAACGGGUAUUCUUCCACCCACCGUGUUGGUGUCUGAAGCCAUCAAAGUGUUGAUGACAAAGUGCCAGAGGUUUUUAAACGAACUGGAUGCUGUCCAGAUGGUCUGAACUUUGCCAGCAGGCGCUGGAACGGGGUUGAGGUCACGGAGGAGGGGCAGAAGUUCGGAAUUACUUGGUUAUCUCCAACCAGAAAACUCAACGGUAUCUCUUCAUCGCUUCAUCAUUGUCACCCGUAUGUCUCCCAAGGACCCAAUUCCACUAAAGCACUCUGAGAUCUGGAAUGAGACAUGGCUUUCUGAACAUACAAGUAUUUUGCCUGCAUUUUUGUAUGUGUGUGUGUAUAUAUAUAUAAUAUCAAUCCCUGCAUUUGAUAUAGAAUCCUUCAUGUUGACGUUAAAGAUCUUACAACUUUUUUUUGAAAAGAGGAGGGAAUUUCUCU